AUGGCUGGUGACGGUGAGAUCGACUUGUACAUAGCGCAGUUGUUCAACUGUGAAGCCAUCGGAGAAAUUCAAGUGAAACACCUUUGCACCAAAGCGAAAGAGAUUUUGUUAAUGGAGCAGAAUGUGAAACGAGUGCACUCUCCUGUAACAGUGUGUGGAGAUAUUCAUGGGCAGUUUUACGACUUAAAAGAGUUAUUCGAAGUUGGUGGUUACAUUCCAAUAAUGAAUUACUUGUUUUUAGGUGAUUUUGUGGACCGAGGCUUCUACAGUGUGGAGUGUUUUCUUCUGCUGCUUGCGUUGAAAGUGAGAUAUCCCGACAGAAUUACUUUGAUUCGGGGAAACCAUGAAUCACGUCAAAUAACGCAAGUAUAUGGAUUUUAUGACGAGUGUUUGAGAAAAUACGGGGGAAUAGCCGUCUGGAAAUACUGUACUGAUGUUUUCGACUAUCUCAGCUUGUCUGCAAUCAUUGAUGGCAGGGUUUUAUGCGUCCACGGUGGUCUGUCUCCCGCCGUCGAGACACUGGACCAAAUCAAUGGCAUAAUGAAGGUGCAAGACAUCCCCACGGAAGGCGCCAUGUGCGACUUGCUGUGGUCGGACCCGGACGACAUCCUCGGAUGGGGAAUUAGUCCCCGAGGCGCGGGCUACCUCUUUGGGUCUGACGUCACGCAUCGCUUCAACAUCACCAAUGGAAUCGACAUGAUUUGCAGGUCGCAUCAGUUGGUGAUGGAAGGCUACAAGUGGCACUUUAACAACUCUGUGCUUGGAAUGGAUCUGAAGAGUGAAAGUGGUAUUUCACGUUGUUGGAAGCAAGGAGAGAUGAAGCGAUACCCGGUGGCCGAAGGCAAGCGAUGUAGGCGUGGGCUGCGAGUCGGACGAGAAGUCAAAGGAGGAGGAGAUGGGAGAAUAGGAGCGGUGCCAGCGGAGGUGGGUGUUUGA